AUUAUGUAAUUCAUAGUGACACAUUUCAAAAUGGUCUUUACAUUUAUAGUUCAGUAAAUAAUGAAAUUUGGAUCAGUUAUUAACUAUAAUUUCCUCUGGUCAAAUGAGGGUCAUGGCCUCUUAUCUACCUUACUGAAAAGAAGUGGAAGGAAACAGUUUGGAGUGCUUGAAAGUCCUGCUGUGUUGUCCAAUAUUUAUGAUGGUGAGGUAUCCUAUAAAGUGUUUUUGUGUGGACGUUCUGGCAUAGGAAAAACAAGUAUUGUUUCAAAACUCACUGGAAAAGAUACACAAGAUGCUAAUUCUGAAACCAGUGGUAUUCAGGUGUCUGUUGUUUACUGGCCGGUUCAAAUAAUUGAAACUAAAAAAGUAGUUUUAUUUAAAGUUUCAUUUUGGGAUACUGGCGAACAUAUGUUGAACAUGUAUAACCACAUUUUGCCAUCCUGUCUGGAAGACAUAGAUGGAAUAUUGUACACAUUUUCCUUAGCUGACAAGUCCUCUUGGGAUGACUUAUCUAAAUUGAUUACCAGAAUAGAUGCAGAGGAAGACAUACUUAAGGUAUGCGUUGGAACAAGACUAGAUCUUCCCUCGAAACGUGUUGUUACAUCAAAAAUGAUAGAGGAUUUUAUGCAUGUAUGGAAAUACCCUGUUUUGAAAAUUAACAAUACUAGACCUGCUAAUAUUUCUAACCAUGUGGACUUGUUGAAAGAAACUGCUCCUUUUUUAAAUCGUUUAUGUGAAUUGCUUUGGUAUAGAGAUCAAGUGAAAGCAGGACUUGUUCAGAACACACUGGCAGAUUUUUGUUUUACAGAUGAAAACAUGUAUUUACAUGAAAGAAGUGGAAGUACUGGAUCUCGGGAAAGUGUUGGAAGCAAAGGCUCACAGAAGAAUAUCCUACACAGACGGCCUUUACAAGUCUGCUUAUAAUGCACAAGCCCCUAGAACAGUUUUAAUUCGACCAGCUUUUGUGGAGCUGAAACUAACAGUGCUUUUUAAUAACAUUCAGUGCAUCAACAACACACAGAUAAUGUUUUGUAAUUCAAGAGUUUUUCAACCAACUUUUUAAAUAAAAUGACAUAUCACAAAAAGAAAAUGAUUCAUCUAUUACUGGUAAAUUUCUAGACAAUGAAGUUUUUAACUAAUUUUUAUCAUAUAUCAGCCUCCCACCUAGUCUUGAGAAAUGUUGCGUGUUAUUUGACUAUGGCUAAUGUGGGUUUUUGUUAACCAAGUAUUUUAAAUUUAAUGUAAACCUGGGCAAGUUCACCGAAUUUUCUUUGCAUUAAACUUUCACUAGUUAGAGUUUUCAAAAUUUGACUAAUUCAUUCAAAGCUUUUUUCUAAAUAAAUGAAGUUUACUGGUAUCAUCUGGUAUUUAAACUUUGAACGCAUGUGUGGAAGUCAUGAAGUCCUUCCAUAAAUGCUUGUGACUUCAUAGCAAAUAGAGAGAAAUAGUAUAGUACCAAUUUUUUUUGUGAAAUCACAAAUUUUAAUUCGAAGAAAAGUAUUAGGACUUAUUACUUUUUUUGAAAGUUUUCUCACAAAAAUUAAUUUCCUUAAGUAGCACAACAACAAAAAAUCAACUAGACUUCUAUUUAAUCAGCUAUCAAGUUGUGCUUUUAAGUUUCUAAGAAACUUUUAAGUUUCAGGAAGAUUUUAUAAUACUGACUUGCAUAAUUCAGUUAACCAGAAUUCUUUUUCUAUUUAUGAGUCAUUUUCACAUUUGCUUAAAAAGAUUGGGAUAACAUAUACUUUUUACAAUAUUUUUAUUGUAACUAUAUCCAUGUUGUUUCUGCAUAUAUUAAAUUACUGAUUCUAAUUAUAAUUAUAUACAGAUUAUAAUUAUUAUAAUUUUUAUUAUAUAUUGUAUUUUUUACUGAGGUUUAGUAUUUAACACUGCUAUGAAAGGCAACGAUUGCAUAUACAUAUAUAUAUAUAUAUAUAUUUAUUAAUUUAUGUUUUUUAAUUAAUUUUUAGUAUUUCUGACCACAGGUAUUUUUUACACUACUGCUAGAUGUAUGAUUUUAUUGAUGUUCUGAUGUUCUGA